AUGGACUUUCUGUACUUCCCAGACCCAAACAACUCUGCACCUUUAUGCUCGACUCCUGGCACUCAGCCCGUCCAGCCCUCCACUUUGUCCACAGUCAUGACCAUUGUGACAGACACGACAUCCCUUCGGGCACUCCUCACGACCAUCCAUACUACACAUACAGGCAUACAGUCGGUCCUCCCUCAGCUGUCUGGCAGCAACACCAGUUCUCCGACCUCCAUGUUGGACUCAGUGUUCCAUGCUCCUCAGCAGUUUCCGGCAUUCCACACAGCCGACAUUACAUGCACCAAAGCAGCCACUGGUGUUCCACGCACCCCAGCCUCAGCUGGCAUUUCACGCAACACAGCCAACUCUGACAUCCCACAUGUUUCAUCAGCCUCCUGUUUUCUAGGCGGCACAGCAGCUGCCAAUGCCUUCCGUUCCUCCUCGACCACCGCCCUCAUCAAGCACCACCUCUGGUGCAGGCCUGUGUUUGCAAAAAUAGACCAAGAUUCAGGUUUUCAAAGAUUUGGUGCAACAGACAAACCACACACGGCUUCUCCAAGUUUCCUUAAUUACACCGAUGAGAUUGGCGCGAUUGGACGAGCGAGCUUCUUUAACAAGCUUUCUCUUCCAUUUGCGCUCUUGAGAUACGACCCGCAAACACAUGAACCGAUCCGAACAGACUCUGGAAGAUGCAUUCAAGCACAAACUGGAGAGGCAGGUAUCCUGGUAGCGCCGGUAUCAGCCAUAAACCAGUUUCUGGGCUAUGCUGGGAACAAGGUCCAGUCUGAGAAAAAACUCCUCAGAGAUGUGUUUAAGGUUGGCGAUAUCUAUUUCAAUACUGGAGACCUUCUGCUCUGCGAUCACAGGGGCUUCCUUUAUUUCCAUGACCGUAUCGGAGACACUUUCAGGUGGAAAGGAGAGAAUGUGUCCACGACUGAGGUGUCAGAGGUUAACGUCUACGGUGUGGCAGUACCAGGGUGUGAAAGCAAAGCUGGCAUGGCAGCUGUUGUCUUAAAAGAAGACCAUAAAUUUGAUGGUCCAGAACUUCACAAGCACCUUGUCAAAACUCUUCCUGCCUAUGCCUGGCCGUGGUUUCUCAGACUGCAGAGUUUUGAAGUCACUGAGACCUUCAAGCAGCAGAAGAUGAAGCUGGUCCAGCGGUUUAAUCCACAGGUCACACUGGAUCCUCUGUAUUUCUUAGAUGUGUCUCAGAAGGACUACAUCCCUCUGACUGUGUCUCUGUAUGAAGACAUUGUGUCUGGAAACAUCCGUUUUUAA